AGGUGAAAGACUUUGCGCUGGUCUCCAUUCACACCAGUCCUGACUACGCCGUGCUGGAGGUGGACGGCCUCUUCGACGUGUGGGAGGCGACCAAGCAGCGGCUACUCUUGGAGGACAUCGUUAUCUUGGGGGACUAUAACGCCGGCUGCAACUACGUGAAGAGCCAACACUGGCCCCGGAUCCGCCUCCGCCAGGACGCCAGCCUGCGGUGGCUGAUCGCCGACGAUGCCGAUACCAACGUGAGCAACAACUCGGCUUGCCCUUAUGACAGGAUUGUGGUUGGCGGGUCAGAUCUACAGAACUCAGUUGUCGCAGACUCCGCAAAGGUGUUCAACUACCAGGUGGAAUAUGGACUCACCUAUGAGGAGGCCAAGGCGGUCUCCGAUCACUACCCAGUGGAGGUGGAAAUACGUAAUGACCCCCUGUACAGCGGUCAGCGCUUCGGAGUCAGCGCUAGCAUUGGGAUAAGCGGAGGCCUUUCCCUAAACGGGGUCUGCGACUGCGUGGGGGUGGACUUCACAUCCUGCGCGGGGCGCUGCGGUGCCAACGCAAACAGUUACCCGUGCAACUGCAACGCCACAUGUAACAACAACGCACGGUGUUGUGCUGACUACGCAGCGAUGUGCAAACUGUAA